AUGCUGUUCAUGCCUGAAGACCCUGCGUCCAGCUUGCGACUCCGCAAGACGCGCGAGUUCUUUUUAACCCUUGUAACUGUCGUGUGUUACCGUCUCUUGACGUCACGGCGCCACAAGGUCUUCAAGGCUCAGAUACUGUUCUUAAACCUUGCCCUAGCCGACCUUUUGGUCACUGUGGUCACCAUGAACUCGCAGCUGUUGUGGGAGAUCAUGGGAAGAGUCUGGAUCGCCGGAGACGAGCUCUGCCGCGCAUUCAAGGUGAUGCAAACGUUCGCGCUGGUAUCAUCUACGUACAUGCUCGUGGGCAUCGCGGUGGACCGCCAUUACGCCAUCUGUAAGCCACUUGUGCUGGCUCCCAGACCUCGCUCAGUGGCUGCGGUCUGCUGGCUGCUCUCGCUGCUCCCUUCCCUUCCCAACCUAUUCAUGUUCCGGGUGGUAGUGGUGCGGGAUAAGUGCUACUGUGCCUCAGUCUUCUACAUCUAUCGUGACACCACCACUGCCGUCCGACAGAUUUACAUGGCGUUCGUGUUCACACUUGUGUUUAUCCUCCCACUCUGUGCGCUGGUGGCACUUUACAGUAGCAUCCUAUUUAGGAUGCGGAAGAUGGCCGCUUCCAAUACUAGAACGACAUCAAACAGAAGCACGCUGCCUAGAGCGCGUCUGCGGACACUCAAGAUGGCAGUGGUGAUAUUCGUGGCUUUCCUGGUGACUAACUUGCCGUACAUGGUUCAAGAGGUGAUACUGGCCUUCGCGCGAGACGUUUCGCUUGGACCCAACAUGGUGGCCGUGUUCGGCGUCAUCUCUGCCUCGAAUAGUGCCGUCAACCCGUACGUGUACCUGGCAUUCAAUGGUGGAGCAGCGGGUACCAGUUGCGACGCUCGAAGCGUCGAUGAAUCUCUAACCAAACACGACGAAAUCAAGCACACCAUUAAAGGUGUUGACGACGACACAUUCCAGAUGCUCAUCGCUAGGAACCCACACUGUCACCACGUUGUCCAGCUGUGUCAGGAGUAA